AGCCACAGCCUACAGUAAAUUAUAUAUUGUACAAUUUCAGUUGUGUUUCUUACAAAAGUAAGACAAAGUUAACUGUAUUAUUCAAUAAUUUCGUAAAACCGCAAUAUAGUGUUCGAAAACUAGAACAUUUUCUUUGCAGUCUGUGUCUCUAAUCGGACACGAUGUUUUAGUUUUGAUGUAGAAGUGAUAAAUAAUGCCUAUUUGUUUUACAGCAUAAUAGCACGUUUUCUUACCAUAUUUGUUUUGUCUACGUAUGCAUUGUGGAAUUUAACUUGUUAUUUUAUUUAACGCAUAGCUGAGGCGAAUAGUUUUGUGGUUGUUAAUAUUUUUAUACGGGCGUUAACAUCCGGAAGAGUUGUAUGUUUUUCGCACGCCCACUCCUUCCUUCAUUGAUGUAGUGUUUGUUGUGAUGUUUGAUACCAAAUAAUUGAUAGAUCCGUUCAGAUACGAAUAUGUCCCUACAAAAAAGUGUCAAAAGUGUCGGAGGUGACCAGGAUAAUACUUCGAUAUGUUCUUCAGUGACUACGCAACCCGAUAGACAUGGCUUUUUUGGCGGAGCCCAAUAUAGUCCAGAACCGAAAAGGACUUUAUCACCGAGCACAAUAUUGAAACGAGAACAAAAGUGGUUACGAAUGCUGAAUAACUGGGAGGCGUUUAUGAGCAAAAAUUAUAAAAAGGUCCGCGAGAGGUGUCGGAAAGGUAUCCCGGCGUCCGUUCGACCGAAGGCCUGGUUGUAUCUCUGUGGUGGUCAGCUCCUGCUGGAGAAACAUCCGGACGAGUAUGAGGAGCUGUUGAAAGCGCCCGGGGAUCCUAAAUGUAUGGAAGAUAUACGCAAGGAUCUGCACAGACAGUUCCCGUACCACGAGAUGUUCAUUAGGGAGGAGGGGCUCGGGCAACAAGAGCUCUUCUGUGUUCUCAAAGCUUACUCGGUGCUGAACCCUAAAGUUGGUUACUUCCAAGCCCAGGCUCCGGUAGCUGCUUUCCUUCUCAUGCACAUGCCGGCCGUCCAGGCAUUCUGGUGUCUCGUCAGCAUCAGCGACAAAUACCUCAGCGGAUAUUAUAACCCCGGCCUGGAGGUGCUGCAGCGCGAUGGUGAUAUUCUUCACGCUUUACUCCGCCGCACAGCGCCCGCCGUCCACCGUCAUCUGGUGAAGCACCGCGUGGAACCUGUCCUGUACGCCACAGAGUGGUUCCUGUGCGCCCUCACAAGGACACUACCCUGGGACAGCCUCCUCAGGGUCUGGGAUUGCUUCCUAUGCGAGGGAGUCAAGGUGCUAUUCAAGGCCGCGCUGGUGAUUCUAGCGGGAGCGCUAGGUCCGGCCAAGGUCCGUAAGCGAGCCGCCGGGCUCUGCGAGACCCUCGAGGAGCUGAGACAUCCACCGCCCGCGAUACUCGGCGAGGACUACCUCAUGUACCACAUGCAGAGACUCGGACUCACAGAGGAAGACUUUGAGUUCGAACAUCAACGACAAACAGCCAAGAGAAGAGCCAUGGCCAAUAGAAGUGGCAGCUGAUUCAGCGAGUGUUCCUACAAGCGUUAUUCCAAGGAUAACGCUAGGGACAUCUUCCAUACACUAUAAGCGCGAGUGCACAAACUGAUUUAAAAUAUAUAAUAAAAUAUUAUGAAGAACAGUAACGAACAUUAUAAUAGUGAAGUGAUACGAACACUGCCAUCUGUAUGGCUGUAAACGAACUAUGAUAUAGAUAGAUAAUUAUAGUAGUACUAAACGAAUUUUGAUACCUAAAUGUUAUACACAACGAAAGGCUGGUUUGAUGUCAAAAAUAAUGUAGGAAUGUGACGGUGUGAGUUAGGAGAAAUGCAUCAUUUUAAAUAUUGUAUACACCGAUGGCUGACCUGCGAUCGCUGGCUUUAUUAUUAAGCCUUAAGCCUGUGUAUAGGAGUGUAGUGUGAUAGCAACGGAGAGCAAAUAUAUAGAGAGACAAUAAAUAUUGUUAUAGCAUGUUUGUAUUGAAUGUUGUCUUUUCGGUGAUUACGUUGGUUCAAUUUUGUAGUUACCAAUCGCAAUGUUGAGUAUAAAUUAUAACUGCCUAUAUAAUGUUAGGAGAUGUGCCGGAUAGGACAUACAUAUUCAAUAAGAUUGACGAAUAUGGAAUAUAUUUCCAUGGUAAUAAAAAAAAAAAUGUCAAGCGGAAAUAUGUGUUUGUUUUUAAAAUACCACGUGAGUAUUUGAUUAUUUAUUUUUUUAUACUUUAGAUAUACUUUGACUACUUACUCGAAUUCCAGUCUUUUUUUUUUUUUUAUUAAUUUCUGCUUUUUCCUUCAUAUAUAUUUUAAUUAUAUCGUUAAAUAAAAGUCGCCCUGAUAGGAUAAGAUGUGCUUAAAAUAUAUGUUUGGUACACAAACAUCCAACAGUAUUUUAGAACUAUGAUAUCGGUUGAUAAAAAUACAUUUAUUUAAAAUAUUUUUAAUGUAAAUAAAUAAUGUUUUAUUUUUUUCUUUUAAUAAAUUAUUGUGAUAAGACGAGUAACAUAUCUCUGUAUUGUAACGGUUGAAAACAUUUUGUAUUCGGAUAGUACAAUUAGCAUAGUGAUUGAUUCAUACAGUUUUUUAUAUUGUUAUAAAUUUUUAUAUUCAAAUAUCACAUUAAUAUAUUGUAUCUAGAUACAAGACAUUGGCCUUCUGUUGAUAAAUUAAUAGCUAAUAUAUUUUUGUGACUCACAGCAGUUUGGAUUUCUUAUGCUAGGAUACUUGAGAUGACAGUUUAUAUAAAAUAAUCAUUACGGUUACAAUAAGCACAUUCCGAUUGUAUUUUUAUUGGGUGGGACCAUUUUAUAAAUGUUUCAUUGACAGACCUGUAAUAGUUUAUCAGCGACUGCCCAAUAGGUCAAUACAAUGCACUAUACAAGUAGAGGCACAAAACAUGCAAUAAUAUAUACCUAUUGUUAUUUGAUUAAUGAAUUUUACUUCGAAGAUAAAAUCGGUAAAUAAUAAUUUAGGUAACUCACAUUCCCCUGCAUGAUACAUGUUUCGAAGUCAACGAUGAUUAUUGUGUCUACAAAUAUUUAUAAAUGUUCAUGAAGCUGUUGAAAUUAAAUAUAACUGGUUAUAUAUAGUAUCUAACUUAACGUUUUGUAUUAAUUUUUUUUUUAUUCUCCCGAUUAAGAGAUAUAUGUCUACACAAAAAUGUGUUCACAUUCACAGAUAUAUAAAACACCCUGUAUACACACUGUUUCUAGCUUUAAGAGCACUUACUUCGAAUGUAGGCUAUGAUUUAGCUGUUAAAUAUAAACGCAUCGCGUAUAAUGGUGCAUAAUAUUUUUAUUAUAAUAUUAUUGAAAUUUUUUCGAUUAUAAUUUAGUGAGACAUAUGGGAAUAGAUGCACGUUUACUUUGGAAUAAAUAGCGGUCACUUUAUUUCAUAUAUUGUUCUUGUACAUGCAAUAGUAAUAAUUGAUUUUUCUCUUGUUGCAAUAUAUAGAUAUAUAAUGUUAUGUAUAAAAAUGCUUAUUUAGUAAAUUUAUUUUCAAAAUGUCGUGUUGUUUGGAGUGUUGUGUGUUUUUGAUUAGGUUUUUAUUUAAUGUUACGUAUUUGCUAGACUAGUUUUAUAUUAGCUGGUGAUACAUGGUGUUGUGAUAAACUCAACUGUUCUUUUAUGUUUUUCCUGAUUUGAUACGUAUAUUGAAUAUGGGAAUAGAUAUUCUUAGAACCUUUACGAAUAUAUGUAAGAAAUAUUGGUAUCGUAACAUUUUCCUUAUUUAAUUGAACACCAUGUUUCACCAGGAAUUGUUUUCUUUUGUAUUAGUAAAUAUUUAUCUUAAAUUUAGAACUUCUAAAAUUUGUAUAUGAUGGAAUACUAGUUUUAUUAUUAUUUUUUAAUAAUUUAAAUAACGUAUAAUUGCUGUCUACGCGACGACUUAAUAAAUGUAAGCGACCAAAUCACGAGAUCACACAGAUGUUAUUCCAUAAGCACCACAUUCCGUAUUUUCAGACUGUUUAUUUUUUUCUUCAUAAUGUACCUAAAUCAGAAUAGAUCUUAACAGUAUUUUUGUACUUCUCUGAUUUCAAUGUAACGCAAUAUUCGUGUUGUAAAUAAAUAAAAUGCCAAGUGGAUA